ACUGUUUGUUGAGCUUGAGCGUGAGCCGGCUGCUGAAGACUUGCGAACAGUUCGGAGCCAGCGAGAGCGCGCCAGAGAGAGCGAGAGUGAGGGAGUGAGUGCGAGGGGAUCUAGAGGAGUCAGGGCGAGAAAGCGAGGGCCGGAGGACCCACGAUAGAGACAGAGUGACCAUGGCUGUCUCCGCAUCUCCAGUGAUCUCUGCAACUUCCAGCGGCGCCGGCGUCCCGGGGGGCUUAUUCCGGGCCGAACCCCUGUACUCGACUCCCAGAGAGCCCCCUCGUCUUACUCCUAAUAUGAUCAGUAGUUUCAUGGUUAAUAACCACAGCAACAGUGCCGGAGGCGGCGGCAGCGGCAACACCAACACCAACGAGUGCCGCAUGGUCGACAUGCACGGGAUGAAGGUGGCUUCGUUCCUGAUGGACGGCCAGGAACUGAUCUGCCUGCCGCAAGUCUUUGAUCUUUUUCUCAAGCACCUGGUGGGAGGCUUGCACACUGUGUACACCAAGCUGAAGAGACUGGAUAUAUCCCCCGUGGUGUGUACUGUUGAGCAGGUCCGGAUCCUCCGCGGGCUGGGGGCCAUCCAGCCCGGGGUAAACCGCUGCAAACUCAUCACCAGGAAAGACUUCGAAACUUUGUUCACCGAUUGCACCAAUGCCAGAAGGAAGAGGCAAAUGACAAGAAAACAAGCUGUUAACAGUUCAAGACCCGGCAGGCCCCCUAAGCGUUCUUUGGGAAUGUUGCAGGAAAAUGCCCGCCUUCUGCCCCAUGCAGUCCCAGGCCUCUUAUCGCCAGGACUUAUCACUCCGACAGGUAUAACAGCUGCAGCAAUGGCUGAGGCGAUGAAACUUCAGAAGAUGAAGCUUAUGGCUAUGAACACUCUUCAGGGAAAUGGAAGCCAAAAUGGGACCGAAUCAGAGCCUGAUGAUCUUAAUUCUAACACAGGUGGAAGUGAAUCCUCCUGGGAUAAAGAUAAGAUGCAGUCUCCAUUUGCUGCACCUGGACCCCAACAUGGAAUUGCUCAUGCAGCCCUAGCUGGCCAGCCAGGCAUUGGGGGUGCUCCAACCCUCAAUCCACUGCAGCAGAACCACCUGCUAACCAACAGACUGGAUCUGCCAUUUAUGAUGAUGCCUCAUCCCCUACUUCCAGUCAGCUUACCUCCUGCAUCAGUUGCCAUGGCAAUGAAUCAGAUGAACCAUCUCAAUACUAUUGCCAACAUGGCUGCUGCAGCACAGAUUCACAGUCCACUCUCCAGAGCUGGUACCUCUGUUAUAAAGGAGCGGAUCCCAGAGAGUCCUUCUCCUGCUCCUUCUCUAGAAGAGAAUCAUCGUCCUGGGAGCCAGACCUCUUCCCACACCAGCAGCAGUGUGUCCAGCUCUCCCUCUCAGAUGGAUCAUCAUUUGGAAAGAAUGGAAGAGGUACCACUUCAAAUUCCAAUAAUGAAGUCACCCUUGGACAAGAUACAGCUGACUCCUGGGCAGGCAUUGCCCGCUGGAUUCCCUGGACCAUUCAUUUUUGCUGAUAGUCUGUCCUCCGUGGAGACUCUGUUGACCAACAUUCAGGGUCUGCUGAAAGUUGCUUUGGAUAAUGCUCGCAUCCAGGAGAAGCAGAUUCAACAAGAAAAGAAGGAGCUGCGACUGGAGCUCUACAGAGAGAGAGAAAUUAGAGAAAACCUUGAAAGACAACUUGCAGUUGAGCUUCAAAGCAGAACUACUAUGCAAAAGCGCCUGAAGAAGGAGAAAAAAACCAAGAGAAAAUUGCAGGAAGCCUUGGAAUUUGAAUCAAAGCGCCGGGAGCAAGUGGAGCAGGCACUUAAGCAAGCCACCACUAGUGACAGUGGCCUGAGGAUGUUAAAAGAUACUGGAAUUCCAGAUAUUGAAAUAGAAAACAAUGGGACUCCUCAUGAUAGUGCUGCUAUGCAAGGAGGUAACUAUUACUGUUUAGAAAUGGCACAACAGUUGUAUUCAGCCUGAAAGGUCCUCGCUGGCUUUACAUAAAUGAAGAUGCUUGUGAUUCCAGUUUAUCUCUGAAACUAUUCAACAUGGAGUUAUUUCAGUUUUGUUUAUCAGCAAAGCUUUGUUUACUGAAGGAGCUAUUUAAUCUAUGUUACAUUAAAAAAGAAACACGUGUACAUUUUAAAAGCAAUGAUGUAAACUUUGUUCUUGCAUUACACUGACCAGUUUAAAAAUAUGAACUAAAUCCUAAUGGCUAAAGUAACUUGACCAUAUUUGAUGCUUUUCUAUGCUCAUUUCAACUUGGCUUUUUGUCUUUUAAAUUUUAAAAAAAUGCAGUAGUGUGUUAGAGACUAGAAAGUUAUAUGUAUGGUUUCCCUGUUCUACUAUACAUAACGUUAAAGUACACCUUCUUUGUUAAAAAUGUACUUGCUAAACUUCAGCGUAAAUAAAAACAUUUUGACUUUG